ACUGGUGACAUCACAAUAACACACACUCACCUCGGCACGGCAUGACACGGUUUAGGUUGACAUGUGCUGACUUAAGACAAGUGGACAUUCAGACUUGUCAUCAUGGAUGUGUUGACUUGAGUAAGUACUUUUUUUGUAGUGGAGAUGCAACUUAAACCGUGUCAGGCCGAGGCGAGUAGAGCCGGUGGAAAUACGCCACAAGUCCUUGCUCUGAGGCACGCACAUUAUAGUAUGUUGUAGGACGCGUCUGUCCUCCAACAUACGUGAGCACCCGAAAGCCUCGGUAUAGUUCACAGACUGGAAGUAACAUCCGAUUGGGAUUUUGAUGUUUUGAAAGACGUAAAUGUCAUUAAUUUGGCAGGUGAAUGCUCUGAUACUUGUUCUGAUAUCGACUGUAUGAAUGAGGACAUGAGACGAGUGACAGAUGCUUCAGGCUCAGCAGGAGACGGAGAAACUCAGGGUUUGUUGAACUUAACCUGCCAGUGAGCAGGUUAAGUUCAGGGAGUAUGUUGCCAGGGUAACUGACUCAGAGUUAAGCUGAACUGGCUUUGUGAAAUCGAAAAACCAGAGUUUCCCUCAUCUCAGUGUGAGCUAACAGAGGUUUCACCUGCUUUCUGAAACAUCUCAAUAACACACACACACAGAGGAAACCAGUGACACAAAGUGACCACACGAGGCAGCAAACAUCGUUAUAAAGGAUAAUAACGAACGUCAUGUGUCACAUGAUUAACAUACAUGUGGGUGGAGCCUCAUCACUGUGAUUGGCUCCACCUGCUGCAGCUUCAUAUAAAACCACAUGAUUAGGUCCAGGUUCACUUCAGACCAUGUGACUCAGCCUCAGUCAGGAUCAUGUCGGCUGUUAAAUCCGGAUCUUCUCUUCGGACUCUGCUUCUCACUCCAGAGCGGAUCCCGACCUUCAUCAUCCCGUCCUGCAGUCCGCUCUUCGCACUCUCUCCUCACCGCGGCUCCUCAGACCGGAUGAGGCUCCUGUCUGAACCUGAUGACGACGACAGUCCGCGUGGAAGCCCCGCCCCUGCGGCCUCGCCCAGGUUCCGGCUCCGCCUGCCUCCCCGGAUCAGGACCCCACGCCGCGCCGCGGCAGAGUCCGCGGACACGGACUUGACGACCCGCGCGGCCAUGUCGUUGCCGCACGUGGAGAAGGUGACCACACCCUACGGUUUUCGCGCCGUGCUGACCGCAAGCCCGUGCACGUGCCGGCGGGAAUCCCUGUUCCACCGUAACAAGCCGGUGACGGUGACUGUGACUGACACCGAGGAGCGGCAGGACCCCGGUCCUGGUCCUGGUCCCGGCAGCAGGUCCCGGUUAAAAAGUCUCGGUGUUCACGUGAUGAAGGAACUGAAAAAACCCGCGGCGGCUCUGAAGGCUCUGAGUCCCGCAGGUCGGAGGAGUGAGGCCCGCUGACGUCAUCUUGGGAACCUCUGCAGGUCACAUGACCUUUCCGCGCUGUGUACUUCUUUUAAAGUGAAAUAAAAUAAAAUGUUA